GUGCCGACUUCCAGACCAUCUCCAGCUCGGUGCAGGUGGGCACCCGGCCCGGCAUCGCCGCCGACGCCAACCCUGGCCUCGGGGCGCUUGUGGCCCUGGCCUGGGACUCGGACCCGGCGCAGCGCCCGCCGGCAGCCGCCUUCCGCGUCCAGUGCGCCUCGGCCCUGGCACUCCGUGGCUGA